UUUGAAAAAAAAACACUGAGGAAAUAAAUUAAUCCUUGAGACCUCUGUUGACCACGGCGUCACAUCGCGUGAUUGGUUCGCUGCAGCUGCGUCCUAGGUCCGGACUAAGUGACGUCAUGCAGAUGUUUUAAAAAGCACGGCGCCUGUUCUGCGCAGAUCUGUGCGCGACGAGAGCAGUCGCGUUUUCCUACCCCAGGCGUUUUACUGCUCCAGCUGCCCUGGCUGCUACGGGUCUGGUUCCGGGCGUUUUGUGAACCGUCCCGUGAAGCCGAGCAAGAGAUAAUCCUGAGCUAGAAGAACACAGCUGCUUAAGGACGAGGGGUGAACAUACUUGCUUCUCUGAGCAUACUACUAAGAGCUUACAUGACAAUAAGCAAACAUUGUUCCUGCAUUCUGAUGAUUAAGGACAUCUGGAAGCAGGACUGAAACGUCUCUGUGACGGAAGAAAUGAUACCUCGUUGGUCUCUACAGAUACAGUAAAGACGAGACUACAAGGGACCGCGCAACGUGCCCACGCUGUGGCAGGGGAUAUCGGGGAAACCCAGAUUCAUGAAGCCGAGGGCGAGAGCACGACGGAAGCAAGCCUUCAAAUGAAAGGGGAUGUCGCGGCUUUUAAAGAAUAUAAACCUUGCGCGAUCAAGACGAUGCAGUACUCCAAGCGCCAUUGCUUCUGGACCGUUGUGGGGGUCUUGACUUACCUCCUUGACAUCGGGACCGAUGUCUGGGUCGCCUUCCAGUACUUUAUGGAUGGACGGUACGCCUGGUUUGCGCUGACUCUCUUAUUCGUGGUCAGCGCAACAGUUACAAUUCAGAUAUUCAGCUACUCCUGGUUCAAAGAUGACCGAGAGAGAGAGCGUGGCGAAGAAACACAGGAAGAGCGAGAGGCUCCGGGACACUGUAUCUUUCUCUUGCACCUGCUGCAGAUGGGGAUAUUUACGAGGUAUAUCUGGCUUCUUGGUAAGGGGCUCAAAGCGAUGAAGUCCAGAUGCUCUGUGAGUUACCAGGGAAAUAACAUCCACUGUGUGGCGUUUGCUGAGGCAGCCGACGUCAGCAUGCUCAGGCUGUUCGAGACCUUCCUGGAGAGUGUCCCCCAGCUCGUUCUGCAGCUGUACAUCAUCCUGGAAUACGGCAACAUCAUCACCAUUCAGUAUAUUACCAUCCUGACCUCGUUCUUCAGUAUCGCCUGGGCCACUGUGGACUAUCAGAGGUGUCUUCGGAGAUCCUUACAUUAUAAGGAAGAAAUGCAGGCUGGCUUAUCUACUGUGGUGUACCUGCUUUAUAAACUCUUCACAGUGACCUCGCGUGUGUUAAGCAUAAUUCUCCUGACCAUUUUGAAUGUGGUCUGGACUUCGGCAUUGGUUGUUGUGUGGCUGUUUGGCACUCUUUGGGCCUUCAGACAGAAGACAACUUUCUGCACAUCCAAAACUUUGGAGGUUUUUUAUCGAAUGAUUGUAGGAGUCUUCCUUGUUUUCACAUUUUUUAAUGUGAAAGGACAAAACACGAAAGUAUCAAUGACAAUCUACUAUAUACUUUCUGCAUUACAGACUUUGUUCAUUAUGUUAGUAAUUUACUUUUUGAAGCCAUCAGCUCAAAGGACAGAUUAUUUCUUUCCAAUUUGUAUCACAGUAAUGUGCACUUUUGUUUUGGGUAUUAUUUGUCUUGUUCUUUACUAUAAAUUCUUUCACCCCAAAAAAUACUGUGUUGUGGAACCUGAUGAAGUCGACGGGUUGGAAGUGGGAGCAAGCAGACAAAAACCGUCACGAAUGAACACUUUUGUACAGCAGUAAAAUGUCUUGCUUGUGGAGGUUUAUUACAUAUAAAGCCCACUGGGUGGCGCCAGUGUUACAACUUUUUUUCAGUGUACAAAUUAGGCACCGAAGUUCAUCUCACUUGAAUUGAAAAUAUUUCACCAAAAUAAUGGCUCUUUGUAGGUUGGAUCUGUAAAAGAUAUUUUUAACUAAAGCUGAGAAUAAUAAUUAUAUGUAUAUCAUGGUAUACUUGGACAUUGAUAUGCAUUCAAUUUUCCUGUACUUGUAUACACUAUAUAUUUAAUGUUUCUGAGUGUUCUGAUUAUUUAUAAAUUGAUUAUUUAUACUUUCUCAAAUGUAUUAAAAUAUUUCACUUUAUUUUGCAUUUCCCUAUCCCUUGCAACCCAAUCACUGUUUCUUUUUAUAUAUUGUUAAAAAGAUCUCUCAGAAUGAACUGGCAUUAUCUUUUACAACACUGGAUUUUGCACAACUACUAACACUCAGCUGCUGGCCUGUGGUUGUGUUAAUAGCAGGUUAUUUAUUGAAAGCCACUGGUGUAGAAAAAGGAUUGAUACAAAGAAACUGGAGAACAAACAGAACUAUAGGUUUAGCAGAGCCUCUCUCUUAAACUGAUGUUGAAAAGUGGCAUUCAAUAAUUAAAACACUUAUUUUAACAAUUAAUUAUUCAUUGAUUUUUUUAUAUUUGUUAUUUCUUGUAUUCAUACAUUUAUUAAUUUGUUUACAUUUUGACAAAAUGUUAUACAUGGAUCACCUGUGGGGAGCUUGCAUGGUUUUAGGUAGAGUAGUGGGGUAGUUUAUUGCCAUAUGUACAGGUACAUUGGAGUUCUUAAUUGCGCUGAUAUCUCAGGACAUACACAGUACAACAGACAACACCACACAAUGUAGACAGUACAUCACAUAAUAAAUAAUAACAACAGGAACAAUGAAUAUGUUGUGGACAAUUAAUAUUUAGUAGUGAGAAAAAUACAGGGUAGACCGUGCGAAAAAUGCAGAGUGUGGGUGUGAGUCUGAGGCAGUGCAGUUAGCUUUUGAGGAUGCGUACUGCAGUGGGAUAGAAGCUGUUUUUGAGUCUAGUGGUCUUUGCUUUAACAGUGAGGUACUGCUUACCAGAGCACAGGGGGGAGAACGCUUUGUGGUCGGAAUGGUUGGAAUCCGGAAUUAUAGAUUGGGCUUUAUUGUGAUAGUGGAUAGUGUGAAUCCUCUGUGCCGUUGUCAAAAGCCUGUGUAGUGCAUCUCUUUCAUGCCUGGUAGUACUGCUGAACCAUACAGUGAUGCCACCAGUGAGGGCACUUUCUAUGGUGCUGCAGUAAAAGUUGAUGAGGUGCUGCUUCCCUAUAACACAUUUCUAUAACACAUUUCAUAAGCACCACAGAAAGUGCAGGGAUUGUUGUGCCUUUUUCAGACAGGCUACACUGUUGUGAGGCCGAGCCAAGUCGGUGGAGAUCUGCAGGCCGAGGAACCUGAAACAGCUGACAGUUUUCACUGCUGUGCCAUUGAUGCUGAUUGGGGUGUGAUUCCCUCUGUGUUUUCUGAAGUCCACAAUGAGCUCUUCUGUCUUGUUGACAUUCAGGGCCAGAUUGUUGUUAAGACACCAUCUUGUAAGGUUUAACGGUUUCAUAGUUACCCACUUCUGCCUUGUGUCAUUGUGACUGAUUGACAGCACUACAAAAACACCUCUCAGAUACACAAGGGUAAAAGCAUUUUCCAUUUCACUUGAAAACUGUUCUGUGUUUACUAACAGCUUAGGUCCGGAAGUCUGAAUGUCAUCCCUAUAUAGAACGUGUUACAUUGUUCAAAUAAUAACAUAAUAACCACACUUAAUGUAUCAUUAAUAUUUUUACUGUAAUAUUCCUCAAGAUGUAAUAAACU